AUGGCUUUGGCGCACUUGCCCAAAGUCGCUUUAGUUGGGGCAUGUGUUGCUUUCGGGCUGGUCUUGGACACUACCCUCCCGGAGACUAUCUUCCCGGAGACGUUGACAAAUGGAAGUUCGAUGAGACAAUUGAAUCUGACGAGCAGGCUCGAUGACAUGGAAUUCAUCUGUAACGGGGGCGUAUUUGGUCGGGGCUUGGCGCUCAACAGCUGCGGUGAUCCGAACCGGCAAAUGAGUUUCUAUUCGCAGACACCACGUACAUGGGGACUGCGGGGUACUGGGGCCUUCGAUUUUGACCUGCCGCUGCGGUUCAUAAGCGGUAUAGCAUUGAAUUGGUGGACGGAUGGACGUAGCCUUACUGAUAUCUUCCACAGCUGA